GUUUUGAUUGGCCAACAUCCGGCUUACGUAUGAUCGUGAACUAGAGCGGAGGAAAGAUGGCGGAACCGCCAAGCGUCUCGCCGGAAAGCCACUGGGGCGCAAAAGUUGACUCCACUUUCAGUGACAACGGGCUAGAUCCUGCACUCUUCGUGGAAAGCAGGAGAAAAGGGAGUAUUGUAUCAAGAGCUAACAGCAUUGGCUCUACCAGUGCCUCUUCAGUACCAAAUACAGAUGAUGAAGACUCUGACAACCAGCAGGAAAGCUAUAAAGAAACAUACAAGGAUCGUCGCCGUCGUGCUCACACACAAGCUGAACAGAAACGGAGGGAUGCCAUCAAGAAAGGCUACGAUGAUUUGCAAGCAAUUGUGCCCACAUGCCAGCAGCAGGAUUUCUCAAUAGGGUCCCAGAAGUUAAGCAAAGCAAUUGUGCUCCAGAAGACCAUUGAUUAUAUUCAGUUCUUACACAAGGAAAAGAAGAAACAAGAGGAAGAAGUUUCAACGCUCCGGAAAGAUGUGAUGGCUUUGAAAAUCAUGAAAAUAAAUUAUGAGCAGAUUGUAAAAGCUCACCAGGAUAAUCCCAAUGAAGGAAAGAACCAGGUGUCUGACCAGGUGAAGUUCAAUGUUUUCCAGGGUAUCAUGGACUCCUUGUUCCAGUCUUUCAAUGCCUCCAUUUCUGUGACAAGUUUUCAAGAGCUCUCAGCAUGUGUCUUCAGCUGGAUAGAGGAACACUGCAAGCCACAGACGCUACGGGACAUUGUCAUUGGUGUCCUGCAACAAUUGAAGAGCCAUCUCUACUAAUCACCUAGGAACAGCCUAGGAAAGGCAUACUAUGGCUUGGAGCAAUGUGGCACACAGGCUCGGUUUUUCUCAGUAAUUCCUCUUCAAGCUUUUUAGGGGGUCUACUGAUCGUGUUUACCUCUGAAACUCUCCUCUCAGCCUGUACUACUGAACUCCUGAAGUGAGCAGGAAAGAAAUUAGCUUUUUAUUCAUGAAGAUCAACUGCUGCUAUACCCCAUUUUAAGUUUCAGUCCUACUAUAUUCUGCAUGUUGACCCAACUUAUUGGACAGAAAUCCAUGUAUUCAUGGAGUUUUUUAAAAAUGAUACUAGUUCCUUUCCUAAGAGGCUAGGGAUAAAUGAAAACAGAGCACUGCCUACUUGGAUUCAUUUAUAGAUAUCCACUUCAUACAUAAUAAUGGCUUUGCUUAGCAUUUCAUUUGGGCUAAGAACUGUGACCUGAACAAGUUGUGCAAUAAAUUGGCUUGUUUUGCAUAGCAUUCUGUUACCCUUGAAGAGAAGCAAUAACCAUUGCCGUGACUGAAGCCAUACCGUCAGCUUCUCUAAUUGUCUGACCUACUCAGAAGCACAGUUUGCCUUCUGUAUCACAGAAUCCAGAUAGGUUUGUAGGUUUUGUUUGCAAAGAAUAUGGCAGAGAGAGGAGGCAUCUUUUUAACUGAGAUCCCUAGUUUUUAAUAAUGCAUUGAACCCAAGUUAACCUUUCUCAGCAGUUUCUGCUUUCUGUUCUUUGGCUAAAAAAGGUGAGGCCAUUCUCCUUUAUAGCAUUGCUUUCUGGUUCAGUUGCUGGUUGGUGAAGAAGGACUCUAGCCUAGACAGACCUCACUCGUGAAAAUUUAAAAAGUAUUUUUUUAUUAUGAUAAGCAACAAGCAAUUCUAAUAAAUUUUGCUAAAUGUUUCAAUUA